AUGAACGAUCAAUCAAGAACGCCCGGCAAAAAUGAACGUGCAAACUUUGCCCAAUUGCCCGAGGGAUCCCCAAACGCUCCGGCUCAGUACCCACUACCUUAUCAAGACGACGAGCUGGAGCACGAUUCAGCCCGCGCUAAAAGAGCCGGCAGCGAUGUAGACGGCGACAUAGAGCUAGGCAAUGUGCCCUUGCUCCCAGCGGAAGAAUAUAACUUUGAAGACAGCGACUCUGAGUUCGAUUUCAAGGAACCAGAGCAAAUUAGACACGAUCCGCCGUUUUCCUGCAGGUUUUCCGGCUUCAGUGCUUGGCUGCGUGGGCCUACGCCGCCACAUGUUUAUCACAUCAAUCCCUGGUUCCCGCAAUGGCAAUCUGCGCCCACUCGAUUGAUUGAUCGGUUGGUUCCGCGUAUGGGAGCAAAAAUCGCCCUUCUACUACUUGGGUUGUUAUUUUGGAUUAUUGUUUUCUUUUCCUCCCUCAAGGCUUCUGUGGCAGACCAGGAGGUCUUGGGCUAUGGGAAACCGGUGAAACUGUCGUGUAACCAACGCUUAUGGAAUAAUGCUACGGACUGUGGGCUGAAUGGUGAUCUUUGUCAACCGUUUGAUGAUCAGUCGUUUGCGUUCCGCUGUCCUGCUGGCUGUGCCCAGGCAAUACUUUUGGAGCCGUAUGUUGUUGGUGGUGAGGAGUACAAUUAUCGUCCGCUGGUUGUUGGUGGUAAGCCUUUUCGACUAGAUGGUCGCAAUAGUGGGAGCUAUCGUGGUGACUCGUCGAUUUGUGCAUCGGCACUGCAUGCGGGCAUGAUCAGUGAUGCGAAGGGAGGGUGUGGUAUCCUGCGACGCCAGGGCGCGAGAGACAAGUUUCAAUCUGUGGUGCAGAAUGGCAUCGCGAGCAUCGAGUACAUGUCGUAUUUCCCGAUGUCAUUUAUUCUAAGCAAAGAGGCUUCCUCGUCGGGAUCUAGCGAUGCGACGCCAGUCGAGUGCUCUGAUAUUCGCUGGCCGCUGUUUGCAUUCACGGUUCUGAUGACGAUCGUCUUUUCCAUGACUGUCACCUCUGGCUCGGUAUUUUACAGCCUGAUUUAUUUCAUCGUCUGGUUUCAGGUCGCUAUGGCCUCUGACCCCCCAACAUCAGGGUACUACAAUCUUGUCUCCGUAGGCUUGGGCCGCUUUCUCCCGGGUGCAUUCGUCGGAUUCGUCCUCUACCAUUUCUGCGUCCGACACACCCUCCAAAAUCUCGACGCCCACAUCGAUAAGACGAUUCUCUGGCUAGGUGGGUGCUGGGUUGGCGCUCUGGAAACCGAUACCUUCGACAGACUCCCAAUCUCGCGUCUCACACCACAUGACAUCCAACAACAACCCGGUGCCUUAACAGCACUCAUCGUCAUCGUCGGAUUUAUCGUAUCGGUGUUCAUCCUUCAAGCCCAUACAUUCCGUCGCGAAGGCCGACUCCUCUCCAAAAUGAGACUAUACGGUUUCCUCGCUCUUAUAAUCAUUAUCCUCAUCGCCGUACCGAACAUGAAUCUCCGCAUCCACCAUUACAUCCUCGCCCUCUUAUUCCUUCCAGGAACCACCCCGCAAACCCGCCCAAGUCUCCUCUUCCAGGGAAUUCUCAUCGGUCUCUUCAUCAAUGGAAUCGCCCGCUGGGGCUUCGAUUCCAUCCUUCAAACCCCCGCAGCCCUUUUAGAUGGUGCCAAACUAGGCACCGUACCCCCAAUCAUCAAUACGACCACCUCGAUAGAUCCAAAUAACAUCGUCUUCUCGUUCCCCGAGAUCCCGGCGCAUGUCGACGGGAUGAGCGUUAUCGUGAAUGACGUCCAGAGGUUCCGCGAAUUCAAACCAAAGGAUAGUGCCGCUGUGCCUGAUUUCACGUGGACUAGACUUCGUCCGAAUCUCACCGAGUAUCUUCGCUUUGGCUAUGUGCACCUUAAUGCCCUCGGGGGUGUUUGGUAUGAGGACUUUUCUGACCCUGCUAGUUGGGCGCCUGAUGGGAACUAUUCCUAUCCGGAAACGACAAGAACAUAG